GCUCCAUGAGCCAAAGAGGCACGCAAUGUAAGUGAUCGGAAUUAGCCCAGAAACUCACUCUCCCACGACGGAAAGUGUCCGAAACAACAUGAAUCGACCGACAUGAACUGAAUGGUAAUCAUCUUCCGAGAAAAAGUGGAGCGGGUUUUCGUCUUGGAAAAGAUAUGCCGGACUCAACAUAUGAAGAAGAAGGAAAGCCCUGAUGAAAUAAGAAGGCGAAACACAAGUAAAAGGAUCAGAAGUGUUAUUAUUCCAGCCCCCAACCCUUUUGGCCUUUUUGCUUUUCUCCGUGCACACUACUGGAACAUUGGAAAAUUCGCGGACACUGGGACUAAUGGCUUCUUCUGUGGAAAUGGUGACAGAGCCAACUUUUACGAAACAACAAGUACGAGACAAAGAUGCAGAGGUGACGGUAGAUGAUACAGAUUCCGAGUUCUCCAAGAAUCCGAAAAGAAUCUCUCGCUAUGUCAUUUUCGCAUCUGCACUUGCCAAUUUCUCGGAUGGAUAUCAGAAUAAUCUCUCUUCAAACACAAACGUCGUCUUCAAACACACACUCUCUUCUGCCUAUACAUCUGCCAUCCAGACUAGGAUUUCUAAUGCACUGUUGGUGGGUGCGGUGAUUGGAAUUGUUCUGUUGGGCUAUGUCUGUGAUGUUUGGAGUCGAAGAGGUGGGUUGUGGGUAACGAGUUCUCUGGUUGUGGUGGGUAGUUUGAUGGCUACCCUCGUGUUCCAGGUCGAGGAGCGAGGGGUGGAUGCAAUGAUGUGGUAUAUGACUAUUGCGAGAGGUGUUACGGGGGUCGGUGUGGGAGGUGAGUAUCCUCCUUCUGCUGCUGCUGCGUUGGAGGGGAGCAAUGAGCAUUACGAUCAUAUCAGAGGUCCUAUUCAAGUCCUUACCUCGACUCUUAUGGCCACUUCUGCGGCACCCAUUUGUACAGCAAUUUACCUCAUCACUCUGGUUGCCUCAAACGACAAUCUGCGCACAGCUUUCCACGCCAUCUACGCCAUCUCCAUCUUCUUACCCUUAUUUGUCGCCAUCCUACGUUUCCGAAUGCGUGAGGGUAUACUCUUCCGCCGCAACAAUUUCAGAAAACGUACCUCCCCUCCUUAUUUCUUGGUCAUCAAGAGAUAUGGUUGGAGAUUGCUAGGAACUUCGGCUGCGUUUUUCGUUUAUGAUUUCAUCAAUUUUCCGAAUUCCAUCAUGAGUUCGGCGAUUAUCAAUGAAGUUGUUCCUGGAAAAGACACAAGGACGACAGCACAGUGGCAGUUUAUCCUCGCUUUACUCGCCGUGCCCGGACCCAUCAUUGGCAGCUACCUCACCAACCGCAUCGGAAGACGCUGGACAGGCAUAGCAGGAUGGAGCGGCUACAUCAUCCUCGGCUUCACAAUCGGCGGCUGUUACUCCACCCUUACAACACACAUCCCCGCCUUCGUGGUGCUAUACGGAUUACUCCAAUCCUUCGGUCACAUGGGACCAGGCGCCACCAUUGGCUUGAUGAGCGUAGAACUCUUCCCCACACAAGUCAGAGGCAUGAGUUAUGGCAUCUCGGCAGCUUUUGGCAAAGCGGGAGCCGCGGUGGGAACGCAGGUUUUCACACCCAUACGCGCUGCUGCUGGUCCUGCGAGUACGUUCUAUCUCUUGGGUGGCUUGAGUGUGUUGGGGGCGGGAAUUUACUAUAUUCUUCCCGAGGGCAGGGAUUUGGAUCUAGGUGUUGAAGACGAGAGGUUUAAUGUUUGGCUUAGGAGGAAAGGGUAUAAGGGUACUGAGGGUGCAGAAGAGUGAGGAAGUUUGUCUUAAGAGACGAGUAAUUUUGUAGAAGAAGAAUCAUGUGUACGAAUUGCGAAAUUGAAAUCAAAACCCAUCAAGGCUCGUCAAGCUAACAUGCGCUUCGAAAGAAG